AUGGCUGGUAAUUAGACGGGAUGAAGUUUAAAAACCGGGAGUGCUCUGCAAAACUGUCUUUGGCUUGGGUCAUGGGUUUCAUCACCCACUUAGGUUUUCCUCGCAGGGCGGAGGGAGGAAAAAGGAUUCAGCGGUUCCACUGUCGGUCUAACCUGAGGCCCGUCCUGGAGUUCCGGCGCGCUUUGCAGUCGUGCGUCUACGUAAAACUGACGAGUCGGAACUGCCGGGCAAUGGGUGAAAGGGGGAUUUAUGUUGAUGCAGUUAAUUCUCUUGGCCAGACUGCACUUUUUGUUGCAGCAUUAUUAGGUCUUACGAAAUUGGUUGAUGUUCUGGUGGAUUAUGGAUCUGAUCCAAAUCACCGCUGCUUUGAUGGAAGUACUCCUGUUCACGCAGCAGCAUUUUCAGGCAAUCAGUGGAUCCUCAGCAAACUGCUGGAUGCAGGGGGUGAUCUUCGACUCCAUGAUGAGAAGGGUCGAAACCCGCAGACUUGGGCUCUGACAUCCGGGAAGGAGCGCAGCACCGCGAUGGUGGAGUUCAUGCAGCGCUGUGCCUCGCACAUGCAAGCCAUCAUACAGGGUUUCUCCUGUGACCUCCUGAAGAAGAUCGACUCCCCACAGCGGCUCAUCUGCGGCCCGUCCCGGUUUGGUGGUCUCAUACAGGGAAACCCUAAUGGCUCUCCUAAUCGACUGCUUAAAGCUGGAGUCAUUUCUGCACAGAAUAUCUACAGCUUUGGCUUUGGGAAGUUUUAUCUCACAGGGGGAGCACAGCUGGCCUACCUAGGAUCUCUCCCAGUAAUCGGAGAAAAGGAAGUGAUUCAAGCUGAUGAUGAGCCUACUUUCUCUUUCUUCAGUGGCCCCUACAUGGUCAUGACCAACCUGGUGUGGAAUGGGAGCAGGGUCACAGUGAAGGAGCUGAAUCUCCCCACCCACCCUCACUGCAGCAGGCUUAGGCUGGCUGAUUUGUUAAUUGCGGAGCAGGAGCAUAGCAGCAAGCUCCGACACCCCCACCUGCUGCAGCUGAUGGCCGUGUGCCUGUCCCAGGACCUGGAGAAGACCCGCCUUGUGUAUGAGCGCGUCACGGUUGGCACACUGUUCAGUGUCCUCCAUGAACGGCGCUCCCAGUUCCCCGUGCUGCACAUGGAGGUGAUCGUGCACCUGCUGCUCCAGAUUUCUGACGCCCUGAGAUACUUGCAUUCCCGGGGGUUUAUCCACCGCUCCCUCAGCUCCUAUGCCAUCCACAUCGUUUCCACAGGAGAAGCAAGGCUCACCAACCUGGAGUAUAUGAUGGAAAGCCAAGAUGGACGUAUACACAAGGACCUGACUGGAGUGCCCCUCCCAACCCAGCUGUACAACUGGGCUGCCCCAGAGGUGAUCUUACAGAAGGCAGCCACAGUGAAAUCGGAUGUUUACAGCUUUUCUAUGAUCAUACAGGAGAUUUUAACAGAUAACAUACCCUGGAAUGAUUUAGAUGGCUCAGUUAUCAAAGAAGCCAUAGUCUUGGGAAAUUAUUUAGAAGCUGAUGUCAGGCUUCCAAAACCUUACUACGAUAUUGUUAAGUCAGGCAUCCAGGUCAAGCAGAAAAACCGAACUAUGAACCUUCAAGAUAUCCGGUACCUUCUGAAGAAUGACUUAAAGGAUUUUCUUGGAACCCAGAGAACUCCGCCAACUGAGAGCCCCACGGUGCAGAGAUACGAACUCCAUCCUGAUGUCAAUGUCUAUCUAGGACUGACCUCAGAUCAGCUGAAAGAGACCCCUAACUUGGAAAUAAAAGAGCUGAAAGAAACGGGUAGUCGGCUUCAUUCACCCAGGGGUCCCCCUUCUCCCCCCGAGAAAGCAACACCAGAUCCUCAGGUCCUAGAUCCAGGUUUGAUGACCAAGGAGAUUCAGAAUCAAGACACUGCUUCUCCUGCUGGCCCGGUGGCAGAAGAGGCUAGGAGCCCCAGCCCAGGUCAGGCAAGCCUCUGUAGCUUUGAAAUCAAUGAAAUCUACUCAGGCUGUCUGGACAGGGGAGAUGGCAAAGAGGAGCCCCCAGAAGCAGGUUCAUCCUUUGAGGGGGCUGGGCCAAGCCAGGCAGAUGAACUAAAGUCCAUGGAAGAAGAGCUUGAAAUUAUGGAGAGAGAGGCAUGCUGUUUUUGUGAUGAGGACGAGAGCUCUUCAGGAGCUAGCACAGAGCUCUCCUUUGAGGAUUGGGAUUGGCAAAAUGGUUCUCUUAGUUCACCCAGCCUGCCUGAGCCAACCAGAGGAGCCAAGGACCAUGUGAGCAAUAGGUGUGUGACCGAGGAGUACAUCAGUAAGUGUGUGCUGAAUCUGAAGAUUUCACAGACAUUAAUGCACCAGAAUGCCGAUUUGCUCAGGAAUAUCCAACAGAAAAUCGAUAAACUUGAGAUGAUACAGAAGGAGCAGGAGGAGUGCAGGUCUUUGUGGGCUUCUUCAAGAGAGUUCGUGAACAUCUAUGACUCCCGUUCAGCCUUGGGUCCCCCAGCUUCCAGCUAUAUACCGCCUGUCAUACAGCUGCCAGGAGGCCAGCAGCUGGACACCAGUGGCAAUUGCCUAACCCUGACAAGGUCUUCCAUAGUGAGAGACUUCCAAGGGGGACAUUUUGGCAAAAGGUCCAGGAAAAGAAGUGGCUGUGACCGGAAAGCUGUCACCCAAGUCUCUGAAGAAAGCACUGGAGAUCAGUCAGAGAAGAGCCAUCAGCUACCAACUUUUUGUGGACCUGGAAAACAGAGCACAAGUGAACAAUCACAGCCCACUCAAGGAGCCAAGCACAGUCUGGAAAGAAACAGGAGCCCAAAUACCAGCAGCCAAGGAAGACCUAAAGAGUCCAGUGCCCAAACCAGGCUGACUCAGCUUAGUAGUGCACUUGUCACUGUGUCAAGGCACCCUAAGGGCCCUGCUGUGUCAUCCAGCCCUAGCCAGGGCUCUACUAGGAUCAGUAUGGAGUCUGUAUCUUCUGAAAUCUGUAAUGCAAAGUCAAGAAAUAAUGAAGAUGAUGGAGAGGUACACUUAAAGUGGAAAAUGGAGGUGAAAGAAAUGGCAGAGAGAGUGGCUACUGGGCAGCUGGCGGUACCACCUUGGCAUCCUCAGAGUAGUGUGUCUUUAGAGGAUGAGGCUAAAAAUGAGCCUGAUCUCCUGCUGCAGCCCCUGCUGAGGGACCCUGAGAAAGUGGGCUGGCAGUGCACUGUAGAGUAUCCCGGGAAAAAUGAAGAGUCAGGAGGAAAUGGCAAGUGUGACAAAAUGGACAAGAAUGACUGUGACAGUAACCAGCACCGCAGACAGCAUGGGCCUCGAAGCUUUACCAAUAUCAGGCACCUGUCUCCCAGAAAAAAUGAGCAGCCAGAGCAUAGUGAAGCCUUUCAAGCAAGUUCUGAUGCACCUGUGGUCAUUGAGAAAUCUUACAGCGAUCAAUCCGUGCGGUCAACUUGUUCACCAGAAUCUUCUGAGGACAUAACAGAUGAAUUUUUAACUCCAGACCAUGAAUAUUUUUAUUCCUCGACUGCUCAAGAAAACUUAGCUCUAGAGACCUCAAGUCCCAUAGAAGAGGAUUUUGAAGGAGUACGAGAUGCAUUUGCCCAACCUCCGAGCUCUGGUGAAGAAAAGUUCCAAAUGAGAAAAAGACCUGGAAGGAAUGCUGAGAUUUUGGCCAGGUCUCAAUUCCAACCCAUACGAAGUUCUGAAGGUGAACAAGAGGAGACAUUAAAGGAAUCACCAGAGCAGCUGAAAGAGAAAGACAUAUCCCUGACAGACAUUCAAGACCUCUCCAGUAUCUCCUACGAACAAGGUGGUUCUUUUAAGGAAGUUUCAUGCAAAACACCCAGAAUAAACCACGCACCUACAAGUGUCAGCACUCCGCUCAGCCCAGGGUCAAGUUCUUCAGCUGCCAGCCAGUAUAAAGACUGCCUUGAAAGUAUCACAUUUCAGAUUAAAACAGGGUCUACCUCAUGCUGGAACAGUCAGGAAUCUAUUCAAACUUCAUCUGAUACAUUUUCAACAGUUCGAGAGAAAGCAAAGAGCCUAGAUUCCUUUCUUACUUCCUCUGAAACUGUCCCUUCAAGAUUGACUGAUCUUAAAAGAUUGUCUGCAUUUACUGGGGCUGGUUCCUCCAGCAUUGCUAAGUCACCUGACAUAUCGUCCCAUGCCACCCAGAGAAGGAGCCUGCCGAAAGCACUAGUAGAAGCCAUUUCACAGCGUCACAUUGAUGAGCUACCACCACCAUCUCAGGAGCUGCUUGACGAAAUUGAGCACUUGAAGAAGCAGCAGGCCUCAUCCACAGUGUUGGGGGAGAACUCAGCAAGUCAUCUAGGCAUCACUGCAAAAGACCAAAGGCACUUAGAAGAACAAGAAACUAACUGUGAAAAAGAAGAUAGCAGUAUGCUUUGGACCAAAGAAACUCAGGAUCUAGAAGAGGACACAGAGAGAGCUCACUCUACUCUCGAUGAGGACCUGGAAAGAUGGCUACAGCCCCCCGAGGACAACACGGAGCUACAAGAUCUCCCUGAAGGCUCUACAAGGGAGGAAAAUAUCAAGGAUCAAGAAGCUGGUGAAAAGAAAAGAAAAGGAGAAGAAAGGAUCAAAUCAGAGAGAAGGAAAUCGGACAGCUUUUUAGGAACUUCUGAAGAAGAGGAACUAAAACCCUGUUUUUGGAAGCGACUGGGUUGGUCUGAACCAUCCAGGAUAAUCGUGCUGGAUCAGAGUGACUUGUCAGACUGAUGGCAUUUGGAUCGCAGGUGGACUCCUGGCCAGAGUUCGAGCAUCCUGCUGGUGAGCUCCAGCCUCUCCUCAUCUGCUUCAGUCACCAUCAGGGCAGUGACCCCCUAGCUCGCACUUUGUUCAGCCGCCGCAGUAGACGGAACCACUGGCCCUUUCUGUUUGCACACUUAACUGUUUGCACAUUUAACAAUUUAUUUUUAGUUCACAUUUCUGAAAAGUGAAAGGCAGCUUUUGUUGUAAAAUUUUCUCAUUGUUUCCAGAAUGGCUUUUGGUUUUGUUGUUUAAGAUUUUUGAAACUUUAACUCAUCUUAUAUAAUAAAAUGUUUACUGUUAAUACCAUUUAGGUUUUAGCUGUGUAAGAGAAAUUUCUUUGUUUUAGUUAUUGGGAGAGGAACUGCCACCCAAACAGUCUUCAAUAUCUGUUAUAAAGUUGGAUGUAUAAGCAGCUACUGCUACCACCUCUCCUAUAAACCGGCACCAGUCAUCCGUAUUUUAGACUAGAAAUACUACCCUCCUCUUGGCUAGGAUUGCCAUAUUCCCAUUCCAGCUAGAAUUGACUUACAUGAUGAAACUACAGCUCAGAAUAAAAGUCCAAGAUAUUUUGAACUCUUUAAGGUAAACAAACAUCAUUUCUGUAUAUUUCAGAUUGUAUACCUCACCUCAUUAGUGCCUUAGAGGAUGAAAUUGUGGUAAGAUGAAGAUCACAACCUUUUUUCUAAUUUAGCAGCUAGUGACUACUGGCCAGAUGCAUACACAUGUGUAACCUGGUUUUUAGAGGAUCGAUAUACCUUCAUCUACCUCGAGUUUAGAGCCUUCACAUAUGAAUAAAAACUUUUUCUUAGAAGCUGUGUGCUGUUGUACAGUACUAGCCAGCUAACAUUUUAUUCUUAGCAAAUAAAUAAUAGGUCUUUUGUUUGUGAAAACUGAAUUGUUCCUGUUGAGGAUGGUCAUAUUCAUACAAUUCUUACUAGCACCAAAGCAUUUUAGCCUGCACAAAUAAAAUAAGAAGGUACAAAUCUGUUUGACCAUUUUGAAUCAAGAGACAGAUGCUUGUCAUUAUAACCAGAAGAAAAUCAAAGCAAACUACUUUACAAAUAAUACUAUGUGUAAGAAACUUGGAGGAUACAGGGACUUGUAAUAUAUAAUCCUUCCUCUCAUAAACCUUUAAUUGGUGACACAAAACCAACAUACAUAAAAAUAUAAGGGCUGAUAGCAGCAUGAUAUAUAGUGAGUUGUGAUAUUAUAGCAUUCUCUGUUAGUAUUCAUUAAGGCUAUGAAUACUCUGUUAGUGUUCAUUAGGCUCACAGAGUCCUACGUAAACUCCCACUGAUAUGAUUUGUAAUCUUUUGUCUACAAUGUCAGUAGACUCUUCUAGCUGGCCAGUGACUAUGUUAUAAUGGCCAAUAUUAACAAUAA